CGCGCUGGAAAGUUCCGAACACCCCUGCUCCAUAGUUUAUUUUUUCCCAUCACCAAGUGUGCUAAGGUCACAGCACCACUGGUCGGGCGCAACUCAGAAUAGUACUUUCGACGCCGUCACGAUGGAUGCCUCGCAGGAUUUCAAGUCCUUGCAGGAGAAGAUCCAAUCCUCCCUGGUAGCUACGACGAGGACGGUCAACGGCCUCGCAAACGAGGAUCUCUCCUUCCAGCGUACGGUCAAUCCCUCGACUAGCGCCCGACUCGAUGCGACCAGCGAGCGACUGCUACGGCUAGCCAGCGACGUGCUCAAAUCGGCGGGGAAAUUCACCGGGCAAACGGUGCCGUCGAUUGAAGAUGCAGACGAUGUAGAUAUCAGUUGGAAGGGCAUCCUAGACGUGGUCGACUCCCUCCUCGAGAAGACGGAUACCUGCCUGGACGAGUACACCGGUCUGGUCAAGAGGAAGGAUGUCCCAGCUGCCGAAUCUGGCCCUGCGCCGAAGAGGCCCAAAACGAACGACAGGCUAGAGUGGUCAAUGAAACGAGCCAACAUCAUCAAGCCGCAGAACGGGUUUGAGCGGAAGGUGGAUAACUAUGAUACCGGCCCCUGGAGGCCGCUCUUGACCACGAAGCCACACGCGACUGUUCCUCUCAAGCAGAGUCUUGAAACUCUCGUCGACGAAGAGCACCAAACACAAUACAAGCAUCCCUAUGAGACUGAGAUACAGGAGGCGAAAUACCCGGCACGGGUCUACGAGAAGGCCGAUCCUAUCAACUACCUUCCUGUCGAAACCACUUCUGCUACGUGGGUUGACACGUAUGAUCAAGUUCUGGAGAUGCUGGAGGAACUGAAAAAGGCCAAAGAAAUCGCCGUGGAUCUUGAGCAUCAUGACUUCAGGUCAUACCCCGGCCUCCUAUCUCUCAUGCAGAUCAGCACCCGAGAAAGAGACUGGAUUGUGGAUACCCUUCAACCAUGGCGACACAAGCUUGAGAUUCUCAACGAGGUCUUUGCUGAUCCAAACAUCAUCAAGGUAUUCCAUGGCGCAUUUAUGGAUGUCAUAUGGCUUCAAAGAGAUCUCGGUCUGUAUGUCGUCGGGCUUUUCGACACCCACUACGCCAGCACCGCUCUCGGAUAUCCCGGGAGGAGUCUCGCAUAUCUACUCCAGCGAUUUGUGGAUUUCGAUGCAGACAAGAAGUACCAAAUGGCGGACUGGCGGAUACGGCCUCUCCCAGAGGAGAUGCUUUACUACGCUCGCUCGGACACGCACUACCUCCUUUAUAUCUACGAUAUGGUUCGAAACGAGCUUAUUGAGCGGUCAGCCAGCGGCGAUUCCGAGAAGGACGUCGAAUGGGUCGUACAAAAGUCCAAGGAGGUUUCGUUGCAGCGGUACGAGACUCCCAUCUGCGACGUCGAGACCGGACAAGGCUCCAGAGGGUGGUUCAACAUGCUGGCGAAGUCACCAUCACUCCUCAGCCGCGAACAGUUCUCCGUUUACAGGGCUGUCCACAAGUGGCGGGACGAUAUGGCUCGCCUCCAUGACGAGAGUCCGGCCUACAUCAUGUCUCAGCGCAAUCUUGCCGACGUCGCGAGGAUGAUGCCCUCCGAUCCAAAGGCAUUGUGGAGUCUCCUGCACAAGGAUAGCCAGGUCAUCAAGUCCCGCCUCGACGAGUUGUUCGCUGUGGUUAAGGAGGCCAAGGACCGAGGCGUCAAUGGUCCAUCCAUGAUGGAUUUCCUCCGGGGUGACUCCAUGGGGGCUGUGGCGAAGAACGUUUUUGGGGAUCUGCGCGGGCAGAAGGACAAGGGAGAUCAAGCAAUCCCAGACGCAAAGGAGUUGCGGAGCGAGCGUUCCCAGCUAUGGGGCACCGUGCCUUUAAGUUCGGUCUGGGAUGGCUCAAAGCCAUCCCCGAGCCCUGCGGACGCGUCAGAGAUCUCGUUGCCCUGGACGAUAUAUGUCCAGGACAAGAUCUCUGCUGGUAAUACAGCGGCCGAUGCAAACGACCAGGUUGAAGCCAGGCAACCUGAAGAAGCCGUCCUCUCCGCCAACAGUGCGAAUGAGGCGGCUGCAGUGGAGGAUGAUGGAUUCACCCUCAAAUCUGGGCGGAAGCGCAAUAUCGAAGAAGUAAACUCUGACUCCUAUUCCGAAUCAGAGCCGAGUGCCGAAGCAGCGGAGAGUGAGAGUGAGUCCAAGCAAGGCGGUGUAGACGACUCAGUAUCCGACGAGGAGGCUCAGGCCAAGGCCCAGAGGAAGGAGGCCAGGAAAGAGCGCAGGAAGGCGUCAAAGGAGGCAAAAGCCACAGAGAAGGCGGAGCUCAAGGCCCAGAAGGCAGCUAGGAAAGCGGCUCGCAAGGCGGCAAAGGCGGCAGGCAGCGAACCAGAAGCAUCUGAGCCUUCUGGAGAGGCGGAAGACCAGCCGUUCGACUACAGCAAGGCGCAAUCGGUGCUCCAUGCGCAGCGUGCUAACGGCGGCCGCGCAACAUCAUCGAGAGUGUUUGAUCCGUAUGUGGCAAAGACUGGUGGUGAUGGUGGUCUGAAGGGUGCUAGGAACAUGAACUACCAGAAGCCUGGGAAGACAGCCACUUUCAAGAAAUGAGGGGCAUAUGGUCCUCGUAGGUUCCAUCCGCAGAGUCUCUGGUUUAUGGGCCUGCCGUUUCAAGGCUGAUGCCGGCUACCCCUCUGCUAUGAGGAAGAUGCCCACAGUUUAGCCAGUUCUUAGAUACCUGGAGAGAAUAUCAUUGCUUGGAGCUCGCCCUUCCGGAUACGGAUGGGAUUGUUGGAUGUCAGCAUUAUACGACUAUUUUGGCCA